ACCAUAAAAUAUCAAUGCAGAACAUGGCGGCGGAAAAUUACAUGCGUUAAUGAAAGACUUUCCUCAAUGUAUUAAGCUUUAAUUUGACUUCAUAAUGUAUGCAAUAUAUUAAUAGGUACUAUCCGUCAUCAAGUUAUUAUUAGCUAAGAUAUCAUAAAUUUUCUGGAGACAUAAUGUGGGCCAAUCCAUUUCCAGGGGGUAUGAACCCCAUGAUGCAGCAGUCUGCUAUUCAAGGCAUGCCUCAUGGACAAGUUGAUUGGGCACAAUUGGCAAAACAGUGGAUACAACAUAAAGAAACAGCUGACAGCAGCCAACCAAAUCAUGGAGGUGUUGACCUGGCACAACCCCCUCCUCCCCCACCUCCCAUGCCUCAAAAUGAUGACAUGGAGGUGGUGAAUGAAGGGGAGACCUCUCAAGAUUCUAAUAGCAAUAGCAUGUAUUCUGGAGGAAACACUGAACCUACAUACACAUACCCAGGUCAAACUGGAUGGAACUGGAACACACAAUGGAAUGCACAAGGCUGGAGUGUGCAGGGUGGAGAAAACAAGGAUGAAGGUACAUUUGAGUAUAGUCAUGGUAACUUUGGAGAGCAAUUUGAAUACAAUCAUGGUGGACAAUUUUAUGAUCAGGUAUUUCAGUCAGAUAAUAAUGGAGAACAGAUGCAUUAUCAGGGCGAUCAAGGAGAAUACAAUAACCAGUACUGGAAUAAUGAAGAACAAGAAAAUCAUCACUAUCACCGCCCACGUAGGGAUCGUAAUAACAGACGAGAUAGGGAGAGGUUUAGACACAAUGAAGACAGUAAUCCAUCUGAUGAUUCUGGAAUUGAUGCAGCCAAAAGAAAAUCUUUACCAGCUUGGAUAAGAGAGGGAUUAGAAAAAAUGGAGAACGAAAAACAGAGAAAGCUACACAAGGAAAAAAUGGAUUUGGAAAUGCAAGAAGAAGAGAGACUGAAGGAAGAAAGAGAGAAAGCAGCAAAGGAAGCCAUCAUGGCUCAAAAAGAGGGUAACGACUCAGAACCUACAUUGCCCAAGAAAAGUCGAUUUGACUCAGAUGAUGAAGCCAGUGACAAAUCUAGGUCUCCAAGUAAAAGUAGGUCACCAGAGCCUAGUCCUAUAAAGAAACGAAGUCCUUCACCAGAUGAAUUUAAAACUGAGGAGGAAAAGCAAAUGGAAAUGAUGAUCAAAGUGAAAAAGACAUUAACAGAAGUAUUAUUAGAUGUGACUAACAGUGAAAUACAGGAAAUUGCUAGAGAAGUGUUCUCUAAAGCUAAAACAAAAGCAGCUAAAGCUCCAGCUAAGCAGCUUGCCAAGUCCACUGCUUUAGCCACCAUCACUGGUCUCGGACUAGGCUAUGGUACAGACAGUGAGGAUGAUGAAGAUGAUAAUGUAGAUGGGAAUGACAAUGGUGGUGGUGGUGACUCAGAUGCUGAGUUAGAGGCAUCAAUCAGACGAAAGAAAAGAGAGUUCGCGGAAAAGAUGAAGAACCAGGCAAUCUAUAUGGAGGACGAAAUUGAACCAGAGACACCAGCCUAUUUAAAAAACCCUAUUUCUGAAAAGAGUAGUAAUCCAUUUGAAAGCAAUUAUAGUGAAAUUCCAGGACUAGAGGUUCAAAAGGAGGAAAAAGAACCUCCAUCAAAUCAUGAUAAAUCAAAAAAAUCUGGGGGCAAAUCAAGAGAGAAAAAAAUGAAAAAAGAAGAUAAGGGAAGGGCUGUGGGUUCUAGUGAAAGUUCAAGUUCUGGGACCGGAAGUUCUAGUUCUUCUGACUCCUCUAAUUCAAGUAGUUCUUCCAGUUCAAGCUCAAGUUCUUCUAGUUCAGAUUCUGAAUCAGAAUCUGAGAGUAGUUCAAAUGCAAAAAAGAAAAAAGCACAAAAAGUACCGAAAGUACAACAAAUAGAACGAACUUCAAGUAGAGAUGAAAAUGGUAAAAGACGUAAUAAAGACUAUAUUGAGGAAUACAAUGACAGCAAAUCCAAAAGGAGAGAUAAAGAAUCACGGACCCAAAGUAGGGAGGGGGGUAGGUCAUAUAGUAGGGAAAGGGACCGUCAAAGACGCAGAAGCCGUAGUUAUAGUAGAGAUAGAGACUAUAGUAAGUCACAUGACAAAAGUCAUCGUAAAUCACAUGACAGCGAUCAUAGAAAGCGGCAUUCUAGUUACUUAGAUGAAGAGGAAUAUAAAAUUCGUGAAAAACAUAAUCACAGAGGCCGUAGUUUGGAAAGGGAAAGUGAUCGGGAGAAAGUAAGGUCUAAACGUUCAGAAAAAUCUGAACGACAUAGGGAAAGUAAGUCCAAAAAACGUAAGCGAUCUAGAUCUUAUUCUGUGGAAAGUAAUGAAGGUCGUAGUAAGCAUAGGAAAUCACAAAAGAGUCGAAGGAGUCCGUCGGAAGAAUCACGAUCAAGUAGGAGGAGAAAGGAAGAGCGUAGUGGUAAGAAGUCCAGUCGUAAACACAGGUCAAGAUCAAGGUCAUAAUAGACAGUAUUUAGAGUGGAUCGGUAACAUUACCAGCCCUUGGAUUUGUAUCAAAUUAUUUCUAAAUUUUUAGCCAUGUAAAUGAUCAGUUAAUAUAUCUUCGUGAAUGACUGCAGUGACAGAUGACACGAAGGCAAUUUGUGCACAACCAAAACUUUUCUCAUUGUUCAAAUUCAUUUUGUACAAUAAAUUAAUUUAAACAUA